AUGUGCGAACCGCCUCAUGACACAGCACCAGCCUUGGUGCGCCAAAAGCUUCAGUGCCUGUCCUGUUACCAAGAAUUCACCCACGUUGAGGGCGACUACGAGUGCACCGACUGUGGCUGCAAAGGUUUCGCUGUGAUAUAUUGCUUCUCGGCAUCUCUUCCUCAUGCCCACGAAAAUGCUGAUGCUAAGGAAUUGACAAUGUUAGAAGUUGCCAAGCUCGAACUACAAGGUCGUAUUUCGCGGAGCAUGAUAAAGCCAGACGUUAAUGUGACUCCUGAACUUCUUUCAUACAUUUCAGUCAUUCGUUUGCGUUUAGCAGAUGGAUCCAUCGCUUCUUUCACCAUUCAACUGCGCCCAAAACCCGAAUCCCAAGGCCCUACUAAUAAGACCUUCAUUGUGACUUUUCCGCUUGUAAUACUUGGCAGAUAUCUUAAGGCCGCCUUUCUUGUGUUGCUGUUGCGUGAUUACGAUCCAAUUUCCGCCGGUUUUGGCGGUGAAAAGAGAUCAUCGGGUAAAGCAACAAUCCCAUCUUGGAACGGGUAUUGGAUAACUACAAUCACUGCGGAAAUUUGUCGGGCGUUCGCGAGCGAAUAUGACUCUAUACUGCACGAAAUAGGCCAGUGGCUGAGCGGUAUGAGUCGUGACGGCGAAUGCGCUAAGUGUAUGAAGCUCGGAAAGCUCGUUACUUUGCCUUGCAACCAUACUUUAUGCAGUGGCUGCUAUCAAUCGUUGGCACUGGAACCUGCCAAGUGUCCCUAUUGCCUUAGGGAGAUUAUUGCAUGGAACUUCAGCCUCGAGACUGGCUACCAUUUCCGUUGA